GUAUCAGACCACAACAGCCUUCGCAGCAACAAACACAACUCAGAGCAAAGCUGUUAGGCAUUCACACGGACAACUAAAAUGAAACUCGUACUUCUAGCUGGACUCAUCUGCGCUUUCUACUUGUUCCAAGCGAUCAAUGCUGCGCCUGUUGGUGCGGAAUCAGUGGAAGCACAAUUACCGGAACUGGAGGAACAACGUCCUUCUGUGGUGAGUCGUCAAAAACGCGCUACUUGCGAUCUGCUGAGCGGGUUUGGCUUAAAUCACAGUGCGUGUGCGUUCCAUUGUUUACUCCGUGGCAAUCGCGGCGGUUACUGUAGUGAUAAGGCUGUUUGCAUAUGCCGCAAAUGAGGAUGCGUGAUUAAUUAGAGCGGAUUAACGCUUCUUUAAUCUUACUUUCGGCAAAUAAUUUGUUCAAUAAUUUAAUAAAAAUAUGUGUAAUUUAGAAUAUAUAGGUUUUGAUGGAAUAAAUAAGAAAUAAACUA